AUGUCGUACAUUAUCCUCUUCGAGCUGCCCACCCAUUCAUCAGGAACGGGUACGGGGCCCUUGUUCUCGCCCAACACAUGGACCACGCGUUUGACACUUCUACACAUGAACCUCCCCUUUCGCGUCGUGGAGCUAGACGGCCCUUCUCUUCGGCAUGAAUAUUUCACUCGAGUGUUCGGAAAGAGGCCUCUGGUGCCAAUGAUCGAAGCACCCGAUGAUCAGACUUGCGCAGCCUUACAAGAACAAGCCCUCGCUGCUUCAUCCUCCGCCUCUCAAGGUCACGAGAACGGCAACCUACAUUCGCCUUUCGUCCCGGAACGAUCAGCGAGCGAGGCAUCCAUAUCGGACCUCAGAGCGGGAGCUAAUUGGGCUCAUUUGCUCAAGCGCGGCCUGGGCAACAGCGAAUCGAGAUGGAGCUGGCACUUUGAGUUGCUUGCUCCUGCCAUUGCUGCGAACAUGGAUCCCAGGGUCCGCACCUUUUUCAAGAGCGACGAAAAGAAUGGUAAAGGUGGCUGGCAGAAGUUGUUGGCUCUCGAUAGAGGUGAAUUGCUCGCCAGAACACGCCGGUCUUUGCGACCAAUCUCGCAUCACUUCAGCAAUCCCGUUCCGUUCAGCGAUGACUCUGCGCCACCUCUUUUCCUCCAGUCGCCUACUCGCCCCGGACUUUCCGACGCCGUCAUCUUUGGACGCUACGCCAUGAGCGCCGCGACUGACUCGGCGCUUUCGAAAGCUAUCUGGGCCGAAGAUCCGAAGGUGGCCAGAGAAUGGUUUGCUGCGAACAGACGCCCUAAGGAUGCAGAGCUUCCUUUCGUUGAGGGUGAAUGGGACGGGGACAUUGCCUUGCCAGGGCUACAGGGCUGGAUAGACCGGGUAAGUGCAGUGGCUUUCCAACCACCUGGAGCGCUGUAG